GUGAACCGCCAAAGGAAAUCGGCUGCGAGUUCUGCGGCGAGUACUUCGAGAACCGCAAGGGCCUCUCCAGCCACGCCCGCUCCCACCUGCGCCAGAUGGGCAUCACCGAGUGGACCGUCAACGGCUCGCCCAUCGACACCCUGAGGGAGGUCAUCACGAGGCGGGGCCUGCCCUGCGCUCUCCCUCUAAAACCUCUCAGAAUCCCACCGCCGUCCUCUCCGGUACCCGCCCGCUCGCCGCUGCCGACCUCCUCGUCCUCUCCCUCCGCCGCCCUCCUCAGCCGCCUGCCCUUCGCCUUCGCCCGGCCCUUCAGCCCCCCGCGGGCCGCGGCGUCCAAAUCGAGCUUGGCGCCGCCGACUUUUGCCGGCGGGCUGAUCCUCAAGAUGAAGCCUGAGCCGGUGCAGCUGGAGGUCACCGCGGCGAGAUCCGGCAGCGUCGCCGGCGACGCUCUCAACUGCAGUUGGAGCAGCUCGGACAGCCUGUUCCCCCUCAACCUCGCCAUGGCCCACGAGAUGGAGCCCACGAGAGAUAUUCGCUGCGAGUUCUGCGGCGAGUACUUCGAGAACCGCAAGGGCCUCUCCAGCCACGCCCGCUCCCACCUGCGCCAGUUGGGCAUCACCGAGUGGACCGUCAACGGCUCGCCCAUCGACACCCUGAGGGAGGUCAUGCACAAGAGAGGGGUGGGCCCCCCCGCUCACCAGGGGGUGAAGAAGGAGUCGAGCCAGGGGGCCAGCGGUCCCUCGUGGGAGAACGCCGAGGGCCUGGGCGUCUCGGGCUUCCAGUCCAAGUACCGCACGUCUCCGCUCUGCUUGCUGCAGGCGGGGUCCCGGCUCCACAAGCAGGGCCUCGGGGCCACGUCCGCCAACCCGCCCGCGGGGAAGUUCUUCAGGCUCUCCCCACUGGGGAAAAGGCCUCUGUCUGAGGAGGCGCGGCCAGCGGAGACCGCCAACUCGCCGCCACAUCAGCUCAAGGCGUUCUCACCGCUGCCACACGAUUUCUCCUUCAAAAGAAAACCCUCUCCAGACAAGCACGCACACCAGGAUCCCAGUUGCGAGCUCUGCGGCUUCUUCUUCGAGAACCGCAAGGCCCUGGCCAGCCACGCGCGAGCCCACCUGCGGCAGUUCGGCGUGACGGAGUGGUGCGUGAACGGCUCCCCCAUCGAGACACUCAGCGCCUGGAUGCGCAGCCGGCCGCAGAAGGUGCUGGAGAUGCACCGCAGCUACAUGCAGGGCAACCGCACCACCCUCAAGAAGCCGGUGGCGCGACAGACAUUUUGUGUCUUGAAGAGCAGCUCGCCUCUCACCGCGCCAACGGACUAUCAUCACCUGCUCCCCCUCUCAUCACAGAAGGCCUCCUCUUCCUCCUCCUCCUCCUCCCAGUGGUCGUCGUCGUUGGCCGUGAGCUUCGUGCGGCCGCUGAGCCGCGAGGUCGGCCCGGGUUCUUCCAGGACCGCCGAGCGCGAAGCCGGCCAACAACCGGCGACGCCGUUCAGGCCCGGCCCCUCGCGGCUCGCCGCCGGCCUCCCGCUCCAAGCGCAGGUGGCGCGCAGCGAGCUCAACGUCCGCCUGCCCAGAGGUUACGAGCGGCGGCCCCUGAAGCACCCGUCGUUCCCCGACGGAACGGAGAGCCCCCCCAAACCCCCCCGCACAGGCACCGUCCCCGCCCUGCUGCCCAAACCGCCCUCCUACCCGCUGGUCAAGCUGGUGGGCAAGUUCUACACCCUGAAGUGCCGAUUCUGCGAGGUGGAGUUUCACGGCCCGCUGUCGGUGCAGGAGGACUGGAUCCGACACCUGCAGCAGCACAUCCUCAAGAUGAACUACAACAAGGCCGCCGCGCCCAAAGCGGCCCCCGCUGACCCCGCCGACCCCCCGGGCCAGGCUUCUGCCUCUGUCGACGCCGCGGCCCCGGCCUCUGCCCUGGUCGACGCCCCGGUCAAGGCCUCUGGCCCGGCCUCCAGCACCACCUCCAGCACCACCUCCAGCACCACGCCUGCCCACGCUUCCACCCCGCCCCGCAACGCGCUCCCGGGCGACCGCUCCGCCCCGCCCCCGACGACUGCGUGUGCUCCCCCGCCGGUCACUGCCACGGAGAUCGUACCGGUCUCGGAGGAGCCGCCACCCCUCUCCCCGCCGUCUACCCCCCUCCCCACGCAGACGGUGUGAGCUCGAGCUCGCCGCUGUCCCCGAACCCCGCGUCUUCUCUGCAUCCGCCCGCUCCUUUCGGCCUUCACAAAGUGUUUUUUUUCGAGAGAGGAUCGUCCCCCCCCCCCCCCCCCCCCCAAAGAGCCCUCAAGCACCUUUUUUGAAGCAGCUUUCUGGACUGUUGCUAAGUCCUGUUACCACGGGAACGAAGCUCUCCCGCGAGUCUGGCGAGGAGAGAGCAACCGGUGUUUAGUGAUUGCCUUGUUUCUCUUGAAUGUCCGGGUGUCGGCGCUGUGCCUCUCUCCUCCCAGUCUCACCUGGUGAUUCAGGGGUUAAUGUAGCCCUUUAUCAAGCUUCAGACCCCCCCCCCCCCUUAACCUCCCUUCUUCCUCUAUGAACAGUGCGCUACAAAGGCGGCGAGAGUCCCAUCAGCGCGCCGGCCUCUCGCCGACCGAGAUGAAAUGACAUUUGUAAUCACGCCCGUCCCUUCUGGUCGAGGCUUCACAACACGAAGUGUUAAAACCGGCACUUUCAACGGUGACGUCGUCACUCGGCACUUAACUGAAACGCCCCUUUUCUCCGGAAAAAAAAUUGCCGGAAAUUUGACAAAGACUCGUUCCAAUUGGUUAAAGGAGCAGGAAGUGGAAGCACACCCGAAAAGGGGGGAACUCCCCCUCGCUGACUUUACAAUGUAAAAAAACAAAAAAAAUCCCCAAAAUAUACAUUUUGCUUGAAUGUAGCUUAAAGCACCUAUUAACACCUGAUAUGCACACCUUCAUACACAAUCAGACAUGCGCCCCAUGAUCAUGUAACAUGAUGUUCCUACUCCAACGUCUGACUUCUGCAGAUAGUAGCGCUUUUUUAUUUUGGGCCGAGGUCACACGUUCCCGUUGCUCCAUUCAGUGUUCACCGUCUUCUUCCUGCCUUUUUUCUUUUCUUUCUUCACCCAAGUUAUUAUUUAUUUAUUAUUAUGCAUCUGAAUGUGGUAAGCUAGGUCAUUUUAAAGUAGAACUUUGGAAUGUUUGAAAAUAGGUCAGCGGUGCACUUUUACACCAGUGCACACAAUGUGUGUGUGUGUGUUAGUUUGUAUGGUUGUGUACAUGCAUUUGUCUCCCGGGCCUAAAGAGAGAGACGGAAGUAAACCCGCCGAUGGAACCCCUCCCCUCGGCUCCGAGUGGACUUGGGGGCCCGUCUGGGGUCUAAUCAGGACUUGAACUGCAGCCGCCGCUGCGUGUCGGGAUGUGCCAAAGAGUCCGUUUACUUCCUCGCCUCGCCUCUGUAGAAAGCCGUUUACGUCGGACCCGGCACUGGAGGAAACUCUGCACAGCCGGCGAGUUCCCCCGAGUUCCUCCACGCCGAGAACCGGAGCCGCUCGGCGGGGACUCGUGCCGAUGCCGCGCGGCUCAGAUUACCCCGAGGGAGCCGAACCGGCCCUCGAGAAGCGGCUCGGUCCAAACACAGAGACACGUCUGGCCUCCGUGGUCCGUCUCCUUUCAUACCGAUCCAGAACCGAACCUUAAGGGGGUCCAUGUAGGCUGGUGAUCCAGACGGCAACCCCCCCCCCCCCCCAAACCCUUUUAUGGAGUAUAGAUACAUACUGUAUAACUAUGUACUUAAGAAACUGUUGACGCUAGUAGAGCCAUCAGCAGUUCUAUUAGCGAGGUAGUUACAAAGGAAAAAAAAGUAAGUGAUCUUAAUUCAUCUAUCGUGAUUUUUUUUAUUUUAACCAUUUUUGAUGCUCUGUAUUUUUUAUUGCUCUGUACAUUUCUGUAUUUGCAGUCCUACAAGGUGAAUCUUUUAGAGUAUUUUUUAUUUUGAGUCUCUCUCCCGAGCUGAACCGUUUGGUGCCGGCGGAGAGCGUCGCGGAGCCGGGAGCCGGCGAGCGGCUGAACGUCCCGGUGAGCCCAGGACUCUAAUACCUAGCGGUCUGUUUAAAGGGGCCCGCCGUGCGGGGCGCGGCCCUCCUCUACAUCCACCGGGGGCAGCGGAGGUCUCCAGUCCUGCAUUGGAGGUCCCCUCUUUAAGAUGACCUGACAUCAAGACUCAGCUGGUGUAACCGGCUGUGGGUGAGUGAGUGAGUGUAGUGUGUAUGUGUGUGUGUGCGUGUAUGUGUGUGUGUGAAAAAAAUGGACAACGUAGGCGGUUUAAGAAAAAAGAUGCAGUUGAGGAAAAACGUACUGUACACAAAAGGGUUUUAAGUGAAUCGACUCCCAAGAACAAACAAUAAAUGUGAUUUCAAUUUCA